AUGACUUCACUGAAGCCCCUCCUUCUGCAUGCCCAUCCAACAGCCCCAAACCCGAUUAAGGUAGCAAUUGCGCUCGAACUACUGCAAAUUCCCUACAACGUCAAGAUAUGGGAGUUCAACGACAACAAUAGAAAAGGUGUUAAAGGCUCAGACUUCGUCAAAAUCAAUCCUAAUGGACGAGUCCCGGCACUGGAGGAUCCGAAUACCAACGUGACAUCUUGGGAAAGUGGCGCUAUUCUGAAUUACCUAAAGCGUCAGUACGACACCGAUAAUCUUCUAGGUCCGGUUGACAAUAGUGAGCAAGCUAGAGCGGACCUUGAGGCCUGGGAGUAUUUGCUGGUGACAACACUCGGACCAUUCACAGGCCAGGUGGUCUGGUUCAAAUACUAUCACCAGCCAACAAACGAUGAUGCUGCUGCACGAUACAUUAAACAAGUCCACCGAGUCUAUGGCGUGGUGGAAACACAGCUGAUGAAAAGCGGAGGAGACACCAUCCUCCCUGGAAAGUUCACAACCGCCGACAUUCACUACAUUCCUUGGAUGCGUUCAAGUGCAUAUAUUGGCCUGCCUUUAGAUGAUUAUCCGUUGCUGGAACGCUGGACAAAGAUCAUGUUCAACAAACCCGAAGUGAAACAAGCACUUCAGCGGAUCCAAGAUGCGACCGCCGAGCAGGAGCCUGAAGCUGCAGUGCGAGGUCUAAAGCCGGACUUGAAUUUGAUGCGCCAAACUGGUGCUCAAGAGGUUUACUAA